AUGACAGAUAGUACAACGAGCACUUCAUCGACUUGCGACGAGCUCGUCGACGAUCGAUAUGGAUUCAUUUACAGACUUGUUUUCGAGUUGUUCACAGGUCGAAAAUUAGCAUCGAAUAUUUUAGUUUCGUUUUGUGCAGAAUUUAAGAAAACGCUCGUUUUCAAUGAAACAACAUCGAACUAUAACUAUGCCAGUCAUGUUUCAAUUAAUAGUGUGGAUUUUCCUCAGGGUCUAGCAAAGAGUAAAAAAGAGGCGAAAGCAGCAGCAGCACGACGUGCGAUAGCUUGUUUACUUGAAAUCAACGAAGAACAACUCAGUCCGGAAUAUCUCGGACGAAAGCAAAUAUCGAUCGAUCGUCACGGCCAUACAUUGGCUCACUCAACAGAUACAACGCAUCAGCACGGUCUUAUUGAAAGCUUUCUCGAUGACUAUGCACAAAAACUUCUCAAACUCGGACAAGACGAAAAUUUACUCAAAUUGAAAGGCAUCAAGACGAAAAUCCAACAGCCUACGAGUGAUGAUAAUAAUAAUAAACUUUCGGAAAAUUUAUAUAAAAGCGAUUCAACAUCACGCUCAACCGCGAUGAAACGUCUUGCCGAUUAUUGUAAGCAAUUCUCUGUAGUUGCAGAUAUUGUCAUGUCUACAGAUGAUCGAACGAACUUACCCGCUGAAAAACGGCAUUUCGCGAAAGUCUACUUUGGUUUGAAUAAAACUAUUAUUGCUUCAGCGCAUGGCUCCACGGCAUUCGAUGCUAAAUCGAAAGCAGCUGAUCGGGCCAUGUUUGUUUUGUCGAGUCGAACUUCGAAAGACGGGCCUUCACAAUCGAACGAGAAGGCACUCCUGUCUCUAUCAUUAUUCGAUCAGCAUUGUCAGCUAGUAGCUGACUUUGUUAAAUAUCAUCAGGAGGCAAAUACUUCACCGAUAUUUCAAACGUUGCAACAUCGAUCUUAUGCUGCAUUUAUUAUAAAAAACAAUCAAAACGAUCUGGGAAAAGUCGUGGCAUUCGGUGUUGGUAGUCGAUGUACAUCACCUGAUAGUAUCGAUGAUGAUGGCUGUGUAAUACUUGAUUGUCAUGCACUGGCAAUGGCAAGACGAGCUUUGUUGCAAUAUCUCUACGGUGAACUUCACGAACUUGCUCAUGGUUCACCAUCGAUUCGAAAUAUUUUCCUUCGACCUCCCAUCGGCAAAUUGUAUUUGCGAAAUAGUGUCUCAAUUCACUUAGUUCUAUCGAAUGCACCAAGUGGCGAUGCAAGAGAAUAUCUCCCAUUCGAUUCGAACAACUAUCUGAGCGCAUAUGAUUCCGCUCAGUUGAAAAUGACAGCUCAUGCACCGAUCUAUGAAAAUCGUGAACAAGGUUAUCUAAGAUACAAAUAUGUCGAAGGAAUAGAAACAAUAAUUGCUACCCAUCGGCAACGCUUUGGUCUGAUGUCAUGUAGUGAUAAGAUUCUCAAAUGGAAUGUUUUGGGAAUUCAAGGUGCUCUUCUUUCGACAUUGAUUGAACCAAUCAAGAUCUCGUCUAUCACGAAUCUCAGUGGUUUUAAACAACAGCAUACAUCUCGUGCCUAUUGCUGUCGCUUGAACAAAGCUUCAUCGACACUCGAUGUUCAUCAUCCUCAAAUUGGUCGACCGAAAAAUGUCACAGCUCCAACUGAUGAGCUUGAUCAUCAGUUCAGUUAUUUUUGGUCGUCUAUUCACGCUGGCGAAUUAAUCGAUGCAUCAACUGGUCGUCCUACUUCCGGAGGCAAUAGUGCUAUAUCCAAAGCAGCAUUUCUCGGUGAAUUUAAGCAAUUGUGUUUACAAAUGUGUCAUCCGUGCAAUAGUCAUAUGACCUAUAACGAAUUGAAGCAUUUAAAUGAAGAAUAUUUUCGUCGAAAACAGGUGAUGACAUCAUUUCUUGAACACGCAAAUUUUGGCUAUUGGUCAUCGGAGAAAACUCAUUUGGAACAAUUCAAAUACUCAUCAAACAUAUCGCCAAUUACUCAAAAUAAUUGA